AUGCCAGAAGAAUACGACGACGAGUCAAGCUCGCUUUUGAAUAGAAGGGUAUCUCGCUCUUUUCUUGACACUCCUCUUGGCUCUUUUAAAGGCCCCAAUUCUUUACACAACUUUGCAAGCUCAUUCACAAGAGCCCAAUUUUUUGCAGCUUCAAAGAUCGACAAUGCUAUACACAAGGAAAGAUCUUUUUUCGUUAAGGAGCCCACUGGAGAUGGAGCCGAGGAUGAAACGUUUGACCCGGAGUUGAUGAUACCAUCAUAUCGUGGAGAGAGACUUAGCUCAGUGGUUCACGAUUUGCAUCGAAAUGUAUUCAUGAACGACAUGGAUUCUGCCCUUUCGCCCAACAACGACGUUUUCUACCAUGAUGAUGUAAUGGAUGCCAUUAACCACUCAAGGUCGCGCCAGGGCUCUGAGUUAUUUGGAAGUGGAAUACCAAUGGGGCGGAAGGUACUUCCUCAACCCUCAUUUUCAAGUUUGAGAAGCUCAAUAUCAAUGGCGACAACUGCGAGUCACAUGACUUUGAAAAAGGUGGAGGACGUCGAUGGUAAUGUGAUCACUGUGUUGGCAGGGCAGUCGACAGUCCCACAAACAGUGUUCAAUUCUGUCAAUGUGUUGAUUGGUGUGGGAUUGCUUGCAUUGCCCGUUGGGAUUAUGAAAGCAGGAUGGGUGUUUGGCGUCCCCAUUUUGAUUGCAUGUGGUAUUGCUACAUUUUGGACUGCAACUUUGCUCUCUAAGGCAAUGGAGACGGAUGCAACCAUCAUGACAUAUGCCGACUUGGGAUACGCAGCUUAUGGUUCGGCGGCAAAGCUUGUCAUUUCACUACUUUUCUCCAUAGACUUGGUAGGUGCUGGUGUUUCUUUGAUUGUGUUAUUUAGUGAUUCAUUCGUGGGGGUACUAAGUGACGAUCCAACCACUACCAAAAUUAUAACAUUUUUCAUUUUGACGCCAUUCACCUUCAUCCCCCUUCCCAUUUUGUCCAUUUUCUCAUUACUUGGUAUUUUGUCGACCAUUACUAUUACAUUGUUGGUUAUUGCGUGCGGGCUACUCAAACAAACAUCACCCGGCUCAUUGGUCGAGGUCAUGCCAACAAACCUUUGGCCAGAAAAUUAUGUCAACUUACUACUUGCAAUUGGAAUUUUAAUGGCUCCAUUUGGCGGACAUGCAAUAUUUCCCAACUUGAGAAGUGACAUGAGAAAUCCAAAACAUUUCACAAAGUCGCUUUGGUACACCUACCUUGUUACAUUGAUCACCGAUUGUCUGAUGGGUGUCUUUGGGUUUUUGAUGUUUGGUGCCUCCUGUAGCAAUGAGGUCACCAACACCCUUUUAGAAACAGUUGGUUAUCCAAGUUGGGUCUAUCCGUUGAUUAAACUGUUGAUCUGCAUAAUUCCAUUGGCAAAAACUCCCCUCAAUGCAAAGCCAAUAAUUUCCACAUUAGAUGUGUUGUUUGGUGUCAACACAAGAACAGAUUCAAAAGUCAGAGCUGCAAUUAACAAAUUUAACAAAUUUGUUGUCAGAAUCGGCGUCAACGCUAUUUUUGUCUUUUUGGCGAUUGUGUUUCCAGAGUUUGAAAAGAUUAUUGGCAUAUUGGGUGCCUCAAUAUGCUUCAUCAUUUGCAUUAUUUUACCGUGUCUCUUCUAUGUCAAGUUAUGUGGAGACAAUCUUACUACGAUGGACCGGGGUGUUCUUUACUUGGUUGUUAUAGCCUCGGUCGUAUUAGGGUCGUUGGCUACUUGGGCAGUUGUUACAAACUAA